UCAAAUUUCCUAUGUAUAAACAUAUAGUCACAUAUGGUUCCUCACUACUUCCUCAGAGACGCUGUGAACAUGGAGGAAGUCAUAGUCCUAUACCCCUCUCCUUUUAGAGGCCACCUAAUCGCCAUGGUAGAGCUUGGCAAGCUCAUAGUCAAGCACCACCCUUCUUUCUCCGUCACAAUCCUCAUCUUAGACACUGCCUCCGUCGCUCAAUACGCGGCAAGCUCCGCCACCGCCCAAUACAUUGCUGCAGUCAACGCCACCACUCCAUCCAUUACCUUCCACCGCCUCCCUCCCGUCUACGACGUCGUCCCUUCCUCCGCUUCCCCCGCAGAGUCAGGCUACUUGCUCCCACGCCUCAACAACCCAAAUCUCCACCAAGCCCUCCAAACCAUCUCCCAUACCUCCAAACUCAAAGCCUUCAUCAUUGAUUUCUUCUGUGACGCUGCUUUCCAAGUAGCCGCAAAUCUUAGCAUCCCCACCUACUAUUUUUACACCUCUAGCGGAAGCAGUCUAGCCGCCUUUCUAUACCUCCCCACUCUCCAUAAAAGCCUGGAUAAAAGCUUGAAAGAUCUCGACGAUCAUUUGCUUGUUGAUAUUCCUGGCUUGCCGCCUGUCCCGGCUUCAGACAUGAUGAAAGGUAUGUCAGAUCGUAGUGCUAAAGUGUAUGAGAAUUUCUUAAACACAGCGACCCACAUGGCCAAUUCAAAUGGGCUUAUUGUAAAUACGUUUGACAUGCUCGAAAGAAAAGCUCUUGGGGCAAUACGGGAUGGGCUAUGCGUGCCAGAUGGACCCACUCCGCCAAUAUUCUGUAUUGGACCUUCGAUAUCAAGCAGCAAUAUUCAAGAUGGAGAAAAUCAGCACGAGUGUCUGAGUUGGCUAAACUUGCAACCGAGUCAAAGCGUCGUGUUUCUGUGUUUUGGAAGCAUGGGAUCGUUUUCAGCAAAACAGUUGCAAGAAAUAGCCGUAGGAUUAGAAAACAGUGGCCAAAGGUUCUUGUGGGUAGUGAGAAAUCCACCGCCAGAUGACAACAAAGAGCCAAAUCUGGAUGUAUUGUUGCCAAACGGUUUCUUGGAAAGGACAGCGGAGAGGGGUUUUGUGGUGAAGCAAUGGGCUCCACAAGUGGAGAUACUGAGUCACGGCUCGGUGGGUGGGUUCGUGACUCAUUGCGGGUGGAACUCGGUGCUUGAAGCGUUGUGUGGCGGCUUGCCGAUGGUUGCGUGGCCUUUGUAUUCGGAGCAGAGGAUGAACAGGGCGGGCUUGGUGAAGGAAUUGAAGGUGGCGUUGGCAGUAACCGAGUCGGAAGACGGGUUGGUGAGUGCGGCCGAGUUGGAGAAGCGAGUGAGGGAGUUAAUGGUCUCGGAAGCAGGCAAAGAGGUGAGAGAGAAAGUUUCAGCCAUGAGAGAUGCUGCUAUGGCAGCCGUGGAAGAGGGAGGGUCCGCUCAUGUUGCAUUGGACAAGCUGGCUGAGUCGUGGGUCACGACAACCUGCUAGUUACAGCUACGUCAUACUUUUCUUUUCUUAGACUGUCUGAUUAAUUACUGUGAUCGACUUUCUGAUUGUGAUUGCUCCUUCUAUCUUCAAAAGGCAAAAUUAGACCAAUUUAAUAGUUGGAAAAUUGCUCUCUUUAAUUGGUUUCA